AUGCACACAUCAUUGUUCACAAAAUAAUCAGACGUUACCGGUACGUACAACAUCUGGACAGGGAAAACAUUUCGAAAGAUGUCUUUGGUAGAAGGCAACGUUCUUUUAGCAUUAAUUUGCGCUGCUGUUGCUAUCAUCGCUGCUACAUUUCUAUUUUUUAGAAAGAAAGUAAAAUCAGAUGGGGAUGAAGCAAGGCGGCCACGCCCAGUACCUGUCCCUCAUGGAGAUGGACCCCCUGUCAGGGCGGGGAGAAGAAGAGGGAACAUUAGAGAUCGGAUGCAGCAAGCAAGAAGGGAAGAAGAGGAAAGUGAUGAAAACAUUGAGGAAUGGAUGAGAGAGGAUGAUGAUGAUGAUGAUGGAGAAUUGAGAGAUUCUUCAGGGAAGAAGAUAGGUGCCAAGAAAGCCAAAAAACUUGAGAUGAAAGCUGAAAGACAGAGGGAGAGAGAAUUGAUGCUACAAGAACGAGAAGAAGAAAAGGAACGCAGAGAAGCACGGGAAGAGCAAAGGAGGAAAGCGGCAGAGAAAGAGAAAGAAGAAGAAGAAAAGCAGGAAGAAGAAGAGAGACUAAAGAAAGAGGAACAGGAGAGGAGAGAGCAUGAAGAAUAUUUAAAACUCAAAGAAAGUUUUGUAGUAGAGGAAGAAGGCCAGACCCAAGUCCUAUCGGAAAAUGAAUCCCAAUCUUUGCUGACUGAGUUUAUAAACUACAUCAAAGAUAUGAAGGUGGUUUUAUUAGAAGAUCUAGGAGCUCAAUUCAACAUCAGAACUCAGGUAUGUGAACUACAGUACAAUACCACCUUCUUUAUCUGCUCUUGAAUUAUCCAGACAAUUCUUUUAGUGGGCCACAUUUUUGGCCAAGUUAUCUGGUACACAUGACUUAUUUCUUAUGAAUUGUUUAAAGUACCACCUUAACAUACAAGUCUAUGGGAAAUGUUUUAGGCCCGUGAAACCAGAAAUCAACUUUACAUUUUCUGUAAAUGGUUAGUGCACCCUCUUGUGACAAUGAAAAUUCAAGUUUCUUCAUGAAACCAUAAACCAUUACAGCAGUAUUACCAGCCCACCUUGAAUACCAUCAUCUUGAGUCCUGGGGGUGUUUCACAAAAAAAUGAAGUCUGACUAACUUUGCAAUUAAAUUCCAGUGUGUGUAAAUGUGUAUGAUAACUUCACACUUAAAGUGAUGCUCCGGGCUGAAAAUGUUUAUAUCUAAUAGAUAGAAUAAAAUUCACAGAGCAAAAUGCUCAUCAAAUUUGGAUAACAAAUAACAAAGUUAUUGAAUUUAAAAAUUUUCAUUAUUCCGGUGAAACAGUUCAAGGCAUGUCUUCGUGAAUACCGUAUUCAUUAGGUGGGCUGAUGAUGUCAUGUCCCCACUUUUUCUUAUGUUACUUUAUGAAAUCAUAAUUGUUUCAUUUUUUCAUUAAUGUGUAAAUGAUGUGUCUCCAUUAUUAUGAAAUAAGUUGCAGCAAGAAAUAACUAAUGCAAUAAUCAGUUGUCUAUCCACUUGUCUUAGUUCUUGGUAGGACAAUUUUUUAAUACACCUAAUUUCAUAUAAUAGGAUACAAAAUAACAAGUGAGGAUAUGACAUAAUAAGCCCACCUAAUGAAUAUUCACGAAGACAUGCCUAGAAAUGUUUCACCGAAAUAAUGCAAAUCUUUGAAAUUCAAUAACUUUGUUAUCCGAUUUGAUCAAAUUUACAGCACUUUGCUAUGUGAAUUUUACUCUAUUUAUUGAGAUAUAAAUAUUUCCAGCCUGGACCAUCACUUUAAAUUCCAUGUGGUGUAUGAUGCAUAACACAUCACACUAAUUGUAAGGAAAUGCUUGUGGGACGUGCUCUACUCUGGAUUCAUCAAUGACAGCACAUGUUUAGAAUCAUAUUAUUACCUAACGAUGACUUAUUCAGAUUUUUUGAAACACCCCCUCAGAACUACCCCCUGAUUUCUUUCAUAUAAUGCAAUCCUUUUAUCUUAUGAUAUACAUGUAGCAUGAAAAGUCAAUCCCAGGUUUUGUACAAUAUAAAAAGUUAUUAUGGAAAUGAUAGGAAACAAAGUGUAUUAUUAACCCAUUGCCUACUGGAAUAGGAUGGUCCCUUAUAAAGCCAGUGUAAUUAUCAGAUUUCAGUAUUCAAUAGGUUAACAUGAGACGAGAUAAAUCUAGGAUUCUUCAAUACAUACCCAUAAAAAUGAUGAAAUUUGUUCCACUAAUCACUGCAAUACAAGGGAAUUACAAUACAUUCCAAAUAUUCCUGGAUGCCAUCUUGCAAAGAGUUCCAAUCUAGACUUCUGUCAAACUAGGAUUGCGAUCGAUCUAGGGCCUUUUCACACAUGAAUCUUGAAUCAUUGUAAUGAUGAUUGCAAUUCGUCUUUAGAAUCAUAGGAACUUUCACACGCUCACUCGGAAACUGAUUUGAAUGCGAAUUUCCGAGCGAAGGCAGUAUGUGUCCUUGGUGACUUGUCAAUCAAAGCUCUGCAUCGCAAAUACAAACUACGAUGAGUGCAUGACAAUUUUUUAAAAGGUCACGUAAGCUCCACCCCCCAAAAGAUGGUUUGGAGGUCAAGCCUUUCACACGCAAAAUUCGUACCGUAAUUUGAUUGAAACUCAACUGGAAUUCACCUCCGGAGUAGAAUUUGAAUUCGUGAUAUUGAUUAGCUUUCGUGAUUACAAUCAUGUUCUAGUUUGGUUCCACACUGCUAAAAAUUUGUCAUUAGCCCUAAUUUUCACUUGAAUCAUCAUUCAAAUUAUGAUUUUUUUUUUUUUAAUGAUUUCCAAUAUGGAUUAAAGGUAAAAGACAGUAGUUACAGCAAACACUUAUUUCAUGAGAAAGUAUUUUAAGUCAUGGUUAAUUGUCAAAAUAUUAUCAUGCAUCUAGAUCUGGUACAUUGAUGUAAACUGAUCUUUAUAAAAUCAUGAAGUCUUAGCUC